CCACCACAGAAGCGCUAAGAGGCAUGGAAUCCGUGCGCAAAGCCAACACACGCUUACGAAACUAUCCAUUAUAUUUAAGCAAGUGUGCAGAUCGAGGAGCAGCGUAUGCGGCGUGCGUAACACGUGACCUGAAUGUGCAGCAAGGCAGCUGCGACACAGAGUUUAAGCAAUUUCUCAAUUGUAUACGCAAAACGGCAAAGGAAUUAAAGACCAAACUAUAAA